GUGAUACAAGGGCUAUUUAAAGCGGCAGCGCGGGCUGAGAACCGUGGGUCCCAGAGUCCUCGCACGCAGGUUCUGUCGCCUCUGCUUUCUUCGCCUAGCCCAGCCUCACCAUGGUGGACGCCUUCGUGGGCACCUGGAAGCUAGUGGACAGCAAGAAUUUCGAUGACUACAUGAAGUCAAUUGGUGUGGGUUUUGCUACCAGGCAGGUGGCCAACAUGACCAAGCCUACCACAGUCAUCGAAAUGAAUGGGGACACUAUCAUCAUAAAAACACACAGCACCUUCAAGAACACAGAGAUCAGCUUCAAGCUAGGGGUGGAGUUCGAUGAGACGACAGCAGACGACAGGAAGGUCAAGUCCACUGUGACGCUGGAUGGAGGCAAACUUGUCCACGUGCAGAAGUGGGACGGGCAAGAGACAACACUUGUGCGGGAGCUAGUUGAUGGGAAACUCAUCCUGACACUUACCCAUGGAAGUGCAGUUUGCACUCGUACUUAUGAGAAAGAGGCAUGACCUGCCCACUCCUUCACUGUCUGCUCCUCUGCCGGUCGGCUAGCCCUGGACUCAGCACCGGAUUGCCUCAUUUUUUCCUCUGGCAUUUUGUAUAAAUCCACCUUGGUUGGGUUGGGAAAUUCUUCUGGGGUCAGGUGGCACCAGCCUGGGUCCAUUUCCAGCUCCCAUUGUGUUAUGUUUGUUUUUUUAACCGCAUCCAAAGGGUGCUCUAAGGUCAAUAAAGCAGAGCCAAGGUCACCAAAUUGCCUUUUUGCCUUUGGUGACAUGACUCUGGGAGUCUCGG